AUGUAUCUCCUCGGUGUGCAUUUGGCGGAUCACAAGCUUGUCAGGAUUGCGCUGACAAACUUCUACGGCAUCUCCUACGACACGGCGAACCGGCUCUGCGCGCGACUCUCCUUACACGAUCGCGCUACCGUCUCUUCGCUGACUGAGUCGCAAAUCACCCAGCUUUCCGCAUACCUCUCCUCGCCCGGCUCGAUUCCUGCUCGCAAAGCGCAUCCGACCAUCCUCCCCUCCUCCUCCUCCGACGAGGCUCGACCAUCGAUGGCGGCCAAUUCCACCGCCGACCCGCUGCGUCAGAUCAAAAUCGAGGCCGACCUCAAACGCGUUCUCCACGCCAACAUCAAUCAUCAUCGAAACGUGGGCAGCUACAGGGGAAGAAGACAUGCCAGUCACUUGCCUGUCAGGGGCCAGAGGACCAGUACCAAUGCGAACACUGCUAAGAAGUUGAAUCGGUUGGAGAGGAGAGGGCUGCAUACAGAGGUGCAGAGAAGAGAGGGGGAGACGAGCUUGAUGGAGCUGUUGAGGCCGUUGGCGCGGAUCAGGUUCGCCGAGGAGUAG